CAGAACAAGAUGGAUCCCAAGAGAGAGACAUCCAAGAAAAGCAGCACAGAGCAUUUAAUUGCUGACAGACGGGAAGGAAUUGGUAUCUGUGGCUGGAUCCUGGUUUCUCUUUCUUUCCUGUUGGUACUUAUUACUUUUCCUAUUUCCAUCUGGACCUGUAUCAAGGUCAUCAAAGAAUAUGAGCGUGCUAUUGUAUUUCGACUGGGACGCAUACUAUCUAAGAAACCAAAGGGACCAGGUUUGAUCUUGAUACUUCCUUGCACAGAUAUUUUUAUCAAGGUUGAUCUCAGAACUGUUACCUGUAAAAUUCCUUCACAAGAAAUUCUCACAAAAGAUGCUGUUACUACUCAAGUAGAUGGGGUGGUGUACUACAGGAUCCACAGUGCUGUCAGUGCUGUCGCUAACGUCACUGAUGUCCAUUCAGCUACCUUCCUCUUGGCACAGACAACCUUGAGAAAUGUUCUAGGUACAAAGAGUUUGGCUCAGCUCUUGGCAGGUCAUGAAGAGAUUGCUCACAAUAUCCAGACUAUCCUUGACAGUGCUACGGAGCAAUGGGGGAUCAAAGUGGCUCGUGUGGAAAUCAAAGACGUCAGGAUUCCUGUGGUGAUGCAGAGGGCAAUGGCAGCUGAAGCAGAGGCCGCACGAGAGGCAAGAGCUAAGGUUGUGGCAGCAGAAGGAGAAAUGAAUGCUUCUAAAGCCCUCAAGCAAGCCUCCAUGGUUCUGACUGAGUCUCCAGCAGGUCUUCAGCUGCGCUACCUGCAAACAUUAACUACGCUGGCAGCAGAGAAUAAUUCCACCAUCGUCUUCCCUCUCCCUAUAAAUAUGCUUGAGGCCUUGGGGCAGAAAAAUAGAGGGGGGUAG